AUGGCUAAUGGGUGUCCUUUUCUCCUAAGAUCAACAUCUUCAUCCAUCACCUUCCCAUCUUCAUCCUCCCUCUCCCUCCUCCUCCUCCUCCUCUCCCUCUCCGCCGCUCUCUCCGCCGCCAAAAACCCCUCAUUAUUCCCUCCCUUCUCCCCUCGCGACGCUUAUUUAAUCGACUGCGGCUCCCCGUCCCAAACCCGUCUCGACGACGGCCGGAUUUUCAAAUCCGAUCGCGAAUCCACUUCUCUCCUUUCCACCGAAGAAGACAUUCAAACCUCCGUCGAUUCCAUUCCCUCAAACGCCGCCGUUUCUCCUCUCUCUUCUUGGUCAUUGCCUUUAUUUCAAUCCGCCAGAAUUUUCCCAGGCGAUUCCACCUACACUUUCUUCAUUUCUCAACCCGGCCGCCAUUGGAUCCGCCUCUACUUUUACCCUCUUCCUCACCCUAAUUACAAUCUCUCCGAUUCCGCUUUCACCGUCACCACCGAUACCUUUGUUCUCCUCCAUGAUUUCUCAAUCAAACCCAAUCCCAAAAUCGUAUUCAAAGAAUACCUAAUCAACAUUACAACCGAUCGAUUCUCCCUCCGAUUCAAACCCAAGAAGAAUUCCUUCGCCUUCGUAAACGCCAUUGAAAUCGUCUCCGCCCCAGAUCCUCUGUUAUCCGAUUCCGCCAACUCUGUUUCUCCGGUGGGAUUUUUCAACGGAUUGUCGAGUAUUGCUCUGCAAAUUUGCUACCGGAUAAAUGUGGGAGGCCCUGAACUUGUUCCUAAAAACGAUACACUGUCAAGAACAUGGGAAACGGAUGAUGCUUACAACAAAUUUCCACAGGGUUCUAAGAAUGUUUCUGUGGCUUUGGACUCCAUUAGAUACCCUGGAAAUGAAAUGACACCAUUGAUUGCUCCGAAUUGGGUUUAUGCAACUGCAGAGGAUCUGCAAGAUCCUAAAACGACGCAAGUAAAUUUCAACAUGAGUUGGAGUUUCAAUGUGGAACCGAGUUACUCGUAUUUGAUCAGACUCCAUUUCUGUGAUAUUGUGAGCAAAGUUCUUAAUAAUUUGUACUUCAAUGUCUACAUCAAUGGGUUGAUGGGUAUUGCAGAUCUUGAUCUCUCUCAGCUCACUGGUGAUCUUUCCACUCCUUACUAUAGAGACCUUGUUCUCAAUGCCUCUGACAUCAAGAACAACACCAUCAUGAUUCAGGUUGGUCCAUCAAAUUUGGAUUCAGGGCUUCAAGAUGCAAUCCUGAAUGGAGUGGAAAUCAUGAAGAUGAGUAAUGAUGCACAAAGCUUGGAUGGUCUGUUUUCAGUGGAUGGGACAUACAUGGGAGGUUCAAGAUUUGGCACAAUGAAGAUUGUUGCUGCUGUGGGUCUUGGAAUGGGAGCCAUUUCCAUUGUAUUUGUUGUCAUAAUAUUCUUGAGAUGGCAGAAAAGGCCUAAUGGAUGGGACAAGAGAAACAGUUUCUCAUCAUGGCUUCUUCCUUUGAAUACUUCAAAUCACACUGCCAGUUUCUUCUCUUCAAAAAGCAGCUCCAGAAGAUCAUCCACCGUUUUUAGCUCCCGAAGGAGCAAGGCUGCCUUCUCUGCCAUUUACUCCAAUGUCGGUCUCGGCCGUUUCUUCUCCCUCAAUGAGUUACAGGCUGCUACGCAGAAUUUCGAGGAGAAAGCAGUGAUCGGCGUCGGUGGAUUCGGCAAAGUCUACGUCGGAGCGUUAGAAGAUGGAACCAAAGUGGCGAUUAAACGUGGAAACCCUAGUUCUGAUCAAGGCAUUAACGAGUUCAGAACUGAGAUCGAAAUGCUCUCUAAACUCCGCCAUCGCCAUCUCGUUUCUCUAAUCGGUUACUGCGACGAGCAAUCCGAGAUGAUUCUGGUUUACGAAUACAUGGCCAAUGGCCCAUUUCGAGACCAUUUGUAUGGCUCUAAUCUCCCUCCUUUGUCCUGGAAACAGAGGCUCGAAAUCUGCAUCGGCGCUGCCCGUGGCCUUCACUAUCUCCACACUGGUGCGGCUCAGGGCAUAAUCCAUCGUGAUGUCAAGACCACUAACAUUCUUCUUGAUGAAAAUUUUGUCGCCAAAGUUGCUGAUUUUGGGCUUUCUAAAGCUGCCCCAUCCUUGGAACAGACCCAUGUGAGCACUGCAGUCAAAGGAAGUUUUGGUUAUCUUGAUCCUGAGUACUUUAGACGACAACAACUCACUGAGAAAUCCGAUGUUUACUCAUUUGGGGUUGUUCUUUUUGAGGUUCUAUGUGCAAGACAAGUCAUUAAUCCCACAUUGCCGCGUGAGCAGGUAAAUUUGGCAGAGUGGGCAAUGCAGAAUUACAGAAAAGGAAAGCUAGAGAAGAUAAUUGAUCCUCAAAUUAGCAGCUCAAUUGUAGAGGGGUCACUGAAGAAAUUUGUAGAAGCAGCAGAGAAAUGCUUGGCUGAAUAUGGGGUUGAUAGGCCAAGCAUGGGAGAUGUUCUAUGGAAUUUAGAAUACGCUUUGCAGCUACAAGAGGCAGUGUCAGAACUCGAGGACCCUGACGAAGACAAAUGUGAAGGCCUUGUGGCUUUGGACACACCAAAUGACAAUGAACCAAAAGGAGGUACAAGUGCUUCUGUAAGUGAUGAUACUUCUGAAGUUUCAGUUAGUGCUCCUUUGUUUUCAGAAGUUCAAAAUUUUCAAGGAAGAUGAUGGAUUUUUACUUGGGAGUUGUUAAAUUUUAACAAACACCCUCUUCACUGAUACAUUCUCAGCUUGAGAAGUUGGUCAGAAUUAGAGUCUUGACCACCUAAAAUGCCAGUUGACUGCCAAAUCAAGAAUUUGAAGUUUAUACAUCUUGUUGUGUAGAUUUUUAUCACUGUUUUUUCUUUGUUUCUUAAUUUAUUUUAAUUUGUUUUCAAUCAAGUUUGAAUCUUCUGCCACUUUCUGAUCCUCCUCUGUGUAUAUUUAUCUUCUGUUGUCUCAGUUCAUAAAGAUUCCUAGAAGGUAAUAUCAGUAUCAUUUUUUCA